GGUGGUCACGAAGGGAAGACGCGAUUAAACUGAAGGAGCGGAAUUUAAACCUACUCUCGGGUAGCCUGAUAGUAAACGCAGGUCUGCGGGGCUCCUCUCUCGGCGAGGCACAGACGGAGAAGGUUGACGGACACAAAGCGCCACCGAGGUUUAGUGGAACCAUCCUUGUAAAACUGUUCUAAUGUGAUACACGGCGGGAGGAUCAGGAGGAAAACCGCUUGCCAUGCACAUUUCGCUCGAACGGAGCCCAAAGAGUCAACGAAACGGGAUUCUUUUCUUGCACAGAAAGUCGAUAAUUGGUUUCUCAAGUUUGCUUUUCUUCUCUUCGGUCGGCCUUUUAACAACGUUCAGGACAAUUUUAACCUUGUGAAGCGAUUUCCCCCAGUCGUCCGACCCAAGUAAUCUAUCAAUGCACAUGCAAUGAUAAUUUUACUAGAAAACCGAACCAUUGACCACGGGAUUACGUUUUAAAAAUUGUAACUUCAGCGGCGUACUAACCUAUCUAUCGUUAUUGAAUUGCUGUUUUUUGUAACUAAAACUGUUUUGGGGGCAGUCGCACCCGUCCCCUCCUGCCAUAUUUUUCUCAUCUUAAAUCCUUAUAUCAGAGCUUAUGAGUGCUGUCUUUAGCCCAUCACUUAUGAUGAUGCAGCGCCCACUGGGAAGCUCCACUGCCUUCAGCAUCGACUCGCUGAUUGGAGGUCCGCCCCAGCCAAGUCCGGGACACUUUGUGUACACCGGGUAUCCGAUGUUCAUGCCAUACCGACCGGUUGUUCUCCCGCCGCCGCCUCCACCGCCGCCCGCUCUGCCACAGUCCGCCUUGCAACCGGGACUUCCUCCGACGCACCCCCAGCACCAGAUGCCCAGCUUACCGACUGGGUUCUGCUCCAGCCUGGCGCAAGGCAUGGCUCUCACCUCCACCCUCAUGGCAACACUACCGGGCAGCUUCACCGCCUCUCCUCAGCACCAGGAGGCGGCGAGAAAGUUUGGGUCGCAGUCCCUCCAAGCUGUUUUCGACAAAUCUCAGGACAUUCGGCUGGAAGGGGACGAGGGAAAGACUUUUCAGGGUAAAGAGGCCACAGUACUGCCCCCCUUCCAAGCGUCAGAUCCUGUGCAAUCUUCUGUAGCUAGAACGCAAGGCAAAGAUGACCCCAAAGAGGACGAGUGCAACCGCAAAGAGGAGAGUUUCUCAAUGGACAGUGAUUUAGACUACAGCUCUGACGAAAACAUGACCAAUAGCGCAAUGUGUCAAAAAGAGGACGGGGACGCUAGUGGUGGACUAGACGAGGGCGUCCACGGGCCUAACGGUACUGGUAGUACUACGUCCACGGGGAAGAAUAGACGACGGAGGACGGCGUUCACAAGCGAACAGCUGUUGGAACUGGAAAAGGAAUUCCACUGUAAGAAAUACCUCUCUCUUACAGAGCGCUCUCAGAUUGCUCAUGCUUUAAAGCUGAGCGAAGUGCAAGUCAAAAUCUGGUUUCAGAACAGGAGGGCCAAGUGGAAACGCGUGAAGGCGGGCAACGUCAACUCCAAAACCGGCGAGCCCUCGAGAAACCCCAAAAUUGUUGUGCCCAUUCCCGUGCAUGUCAGUCGUUUUGCAAUAAGAAGCCAGCACCAACAGUUAGAGCAAGCGAGACCGUGAUUUUUCUUUUUCUGCUAUAUGAAGGACCAAACACAAAUCUGAACAAAAUAAAUUCCUAAAAACAAACAAAACAACACAAAAAUAUAUACAUGAUCAUUGGGAGAAAUACUCGUAAUAUGUUCAUCUUUUGGAGGGCGUGAAUAAUCAUGAUUUAGGGGGUCAUUCCAGCGAAGUGGCAGAAAAAUGCUGCCUUAAUCUAGUUAGUGAUUUAAAUGUGUGGCUUUAGCUUAGCUUUACCAUUGAAACGACCCUUCCACUUGGAUACAUUUUGUUAAUUAAACAAAAGAAGACAAAAACGAUGACGUAUUUAUUAUCAAUUAAUUGUGUACAUAUUGGGGAAUACAAGAAAUUUAACUGAUGGGACCAAAUAGAAUAUAUUAGGCUACUGUAAGCCUUCCCGUUGCCAGGAAAGUAUACCUGUUUUAAGUUCACAAGUUUUCUUGUGUUUAUUUCUUUAUAGUGUGUAUAUAAGCAGAUGGGAAAGGCUAGGCUACUGUCUAGUGAGUGUGUUUUUGCAGACCCAAAUAUUCAAACUAGCCCCAGGAUGGAUAUAAACCUUGCCAUAGCACUAAGUAAAUUCGACUGAAAAAAAUAUCGUGUGGAAAAAAAUCUGACUCUGCUUGAGCACACUGUACUUGGUGUAGAUUGCCUUUCUUUAUCUAUUAAUUAUGAUGAAUUCCACGUUUUAUGUUUGCUUGGAACUUUGUACUUUUUUGGCUUAGUGACAUUUUAAUAAGGCAGAAAGCACGCUGUUAAUUUAUUUUAUAUUGUGCAAAACGUAGCAAACAUCUGAUGAGUUUAAGAAUAUUGUGUGAAUUAAACCUGGACAUUAAGCAAUUAUGUAAA